AUGUCGUUCCUGAGCGGUGGUGCCGAGUGCUCUUCCUCUGCGAACCCCCUCAGCCAGCUUCACAAGCACACACAAAAUGACAGAACCCUUCAGCAAGACCGGCUCGUCGGUCGAGGCCCCGGCGGCCAAUUAAAUGGGUUCAGAAGCCAGAGCGCAAACGCUCCUCAAGACGAGAUGAUGAAUGGCUUCCUCAACCAGGGUCCCAGCCUUCAGCAAGAGUUUCCUAUGCAGCCAGGUCAGAUGCCGCUUGGCCCAGCCCAGAGCCACAUGCGCGCCAACUCAGCAUCGCCAACAUGGGCCCCCGACUUCAACGGCCAGGCCGCCAUGGAGUCGGCCUUCAAGCCGCCGCCAGCCGCAGCAGCGCAUUUCAACACUGACGAGUUUGCCCGUUUCCAGCAGCUAAACGGACAAAGCUCUUCCUCAAGAGCGAGUCCCAUGCAGAGCAACGUUCCAAAUCAGAUGAACCAACAACGACCCAUGAUGAGCGGCAUGAUGAACCGACCCAUGGGUUAUCAACCCAUGUUUCAACCCAUGUACCAGAACCAGCAGCCUAUGCAUCAACAACCCCAGCAGGACGUCAAGGGAAAGGGCCGCCUCGUAGAGCUCGACGAUCACAAGUGGGAGGAGCAGUUCGCCGAGAUGGAGCUGCAGGACAAGGGCAAGGAGAAGGAGCAAGAGGAAGCGACCGCUGCAGAGCGGGAGCUCAAUGAAAUGGACAAGGGCUUGACGUCCGAAACUAAUGAGUUCGGUGACUUUGAAUCCAUUUGGAAAGGAAUCCAAGCUGAGACCGCUGCCAAUAGAUCCAUGGUCAACGACGAGAUGUUCGACCAAUUCGAUACCGAGUGGAGCAACAACAUGAUGCCCGACUUCGAGGGCAUGGGCGACUGGGGCCGCCUCGGCGAUCCGGCCGUUGAGAACUACCUAUUCGAAGAGGACAACUUCUUCCGCGACGAGAAGAACGCUUUCGAGGAGGGCGUGCGCAUCAUGAAGGAGGGCGGCAACCUCUCGCUGGCCGCUCUGGCCUUUGAAGCCGCCGUCCAGCAGAACGCCAGCCAUACCGAGGCGUGGGUGUAUCUAGGAACGGCCCAGGCGCAGAACGAAAAGGAGACGGCGGCAAUCCGGGCGCUCGAGCAUGCUCUCAAGCUCGACCCCAACAACCUGGCAGCCCUGAUGGGUCUCGCCGUAUCGUACACCAACGAGGGCUACGACAGCACAGCAUAUCGCACCCUCGAACGGUGGUUGUCAGUUAAGUAUCCCAAUAUCCUGGACCCCAAGGACCUGCACCCCCCUGCCGAGAUGGGCUUCACGGACCGACAGCAGCUACACGACAAGGUGACGAACCUGUUCAUCAAGGCAGCACAGCUGAGCCCUGACGGAGAGCAUAUGGACCCUGACGUGCAAGUCGGCCUGGGUGUCCUCUUCUAUGGCGCAGAGGAUUAUGACAAGGCCGUUGACUGCUUCCAGUCAGCUCUCCACUCCUCGGAACUUGGCACCUCGAACCAGCAGGAGCAGCUUCACCUCCUCUGGAACCGACUGGGUGCGACGCUCGCCAACAGUGGACGGUCCGAGGAGGCCAUCGCAGCUUAUCAGGAAGCACUGGCUAUCGCACCCAACUUUGUGCGUGCCCGUUACAACCUGGGUGUCAGCUGUAUCAAUAUCCACUGCCACCAUGAGGCCGCCUGCCACUUCCUGGCGGCCCUGGAGAUGCACAAGGCCAUUGAGAAGUCCGGCCGCAGCAAGGCCUACGAGAUCUUGGGCGACAACGCUGGCAACGUCGACGAGACACUCGACCGCAUGUCGGCGCAGAAUAGGAGCAGCACUCUGUACGAUACGCUCCGCCGUGUCUUUACCCAGAUGGGCCGCAGGGAUCUGGCCGAGAAGACAGUUGCUGGUGUAGAUCCGGACAUCUUCCGACCAGAGUUUGAGUUCUGA